CCGCCGCCCACCCAGUCAGCGGAGGGAGGGCGGCGCGGGACUGGGUGGGUUGUUGCGCGCCGUGCGGCGAUGCUGGAGAAUGGCUCCCUGAGGAACUGCUGCGACCCGGGCGGGAGGGGUCGCUUCGGUUCGGCCGAGCGGGAGGAGGAUGCGGCGGGCUCCCCGCGGCCCGCCUGGGUGGUGUCGGCUCUCUCCAGCGUGCUGAUCUUCACCACAGUGGUGGACAUCUUGGGCAACCUGCUGGUCAUUGUCUCCGUCUUCAAGAACCGCAAGCUCAGGAACUCAGGUAACGCAUUUGUGGUGAGCUUGGCUUUGGCUGAUCUGGUCGUGGCCUUGUAUCCAUACCCUCUGGUGCUCUUAGCUAUUUUCCACAAUGGAUGGACUUUGGGUGAAAUGCACUGUAAAGUGAGUGGUUUUGUGAUGGGACUAAGUGUAAUAGGCUCUAUUUUCAACAUCACUGCAAUUGCAAUAAACCGAUAUUGCUAUAUAUGUCAUAGCUUUGCCUAUGACAAAGUGUAUAGCUGUUGGAACACAAUGCUCUACGUCUCCUUAGUCUGGGUAUUAACAGUAAUUGCAACUGUACCAAAUUUUUUUGUUGGCUCUUUAAAGUAUGAUCCACGCAUCUAUUCAUGCACAUUUGUUCAGACUGCAAGCUCCUACUAUACAAUAGCUGUUGUGGUAAUUCAUUUCAUCGUCCCUAUCACCGUUGUGAGUUUCUGCUACCUUCGAAUCUGGGUUUUAGUGCUUCAAGUUAGAAGACGAGUCAAGUCAGAAACAAAGCUGAGACUGAAGCCAAGUGACUUCAGAAACUUUCUUACCAUGUUUGUGGUUUUUGUGAUUUUUGCCUUUUGCUGGGCACCUCUGAACUUCAUAGGACUGGCUGUAGCCAUCGAUCCUUUGGAAAUGGCACCAAAAGUUCCUGAAUGGUUAUUCAUUAUAAGCUACUUCAUGGCCUAUUUCAACAGCUGCCUUAAUGCAAUAAUAUAUGGACUUCUUAACCAGAAUUUUCGAAAUGAAUACAAACGAAUUUUAAUGUCACUGUGGAUGCCAAGGCUUUUCUUCCAGGACACAUCCAAAGGAGGAACUGAUGGUCAGAAGAGCAAGCCUUCUCCUGCUUUAAAUAACAAUGACCAAAUGAAAACUGAUACUUUGUAAGUGUGUGAUAGUCAAUGCAAGAGUCUGUCAUAGAGAUCUCCAAUAAUAUAGUUGUAAUGUUCUCAUCAUUCUUGCUUUCUUGGGGGCUUUCCAUUUGGAUAGCACUUUGUGACUGUAAUAUUGUCUUCUUGAUAAAGCACAUUGCUCUCA